AUGAGUUUAUAUGAACGAGCAGCUCGUAUUCUUGAAGAUGUUGAGGCGAAGAAAGGAAGUGUUUAUUCACUUUCAUCAACAUAUCCAGAUGCACGACAUCUUUGUGCACUUAUCUUUGAAACAUUAAAACAUAAGCCAUUACUUGAACAAGUUAUUGAACGAUCGGGUUUUGGUUGUUAUGAGAAAAAGGUGCCACGGACUCUUGCUUUGUUAAUGAUUCAUGAUUUAUUAUUGUCAAAACAUGGUCUUUUUAGAUGUCGUAAAUCUAUUCGUGAUGCUGUAUUACGUCAUAAAACUCGUCUUCAUGCAGAACUUGUUCGUAUUCGUUUGAAAAAUAUUACUUCUGAUUCUAAUGAUCCAAUUGGUUUUGUUAUUUCUCUUAUGAAUAUUUCAGCUUAUUUGAUAAUAGCUAUUCGUCCUCGUUGGGCACGUAUUAAUACAUUGAAAACGAAUUUAUCCCAAGUACUUGAUCGGUUUCCUCAUUUUUCAGAUUCAUCAAUUGAUACACUUUUACCUAAUACAUAUGCUAUAGAUACCCAUAUACCUGACCUUCUUGCAUUUCAUUCAUCUACUGCACUUACUCAGCAUCCUGCAUAUCUUGAUGGAUCUCUUAUAUUACAAGAUAAAGCUUCUUGUGUUCCUGCUUUUGUUUUAUCUCCUCCUUCCAAAAGUCAUGUCAUAGAUGCAUGUGCUUCACCAGGUAAUAAAACUACUCAUCUUGCUGCAAUUAUGAAAGGAACUGGACAUAUUUUUGCAUUUGAACGAAAUGCUCAAAGAUUUGAUACACUUAAAACUAUGGUUAAUAAAGCUGGUGCUGCUCAUAUGGUAACAACUAUUUGUCUUGAUUUUACUAAGACAAAUGUAUAUGAUCCCAUGUUUCAACAUGUUACACAUAUUUUACUAGACCCAAGCUGUUCUGGUUCCGGGCGUCAAAAUAAAGAAGAUUCUCUUCAAAAAGAAGACGCUGCUGCUUUAAAUAAGCGUCUUCAACGUCUUUCACUGUUUCAACUACGUCUUGUUACACAUGCCAUGAAAUUUCCUUCCGCUUUAAAAAUUACAUAUAGUACUUGUUCAAUUCAUUAUAUAGAAAAUGAAGGGGUAGCGGUUCAUGCAUUAAAAAGUGAAGUUGCUCAAAAACGUGGUUGGCGUAUUGCUCAUAUAAUGCCUGACUGGCCCACUCGAGGAGAAAAAGAUAAUACUUCCAAUAAUAAAGAAUUAGCCACACAUGUUUCUAAUUCAUCAAUUCGUUGUAAUUCUGAUGAAAUGACUGGAUUUUUUGUUUGUUGUUUUGUAAGAGAUGUUGAAAAUCAAAAUAUUGAAAUAGUUUAA